AUGGGAAAUUUUGUAAGAAAUUAAGAAGAAACAAAGAGAAAUUAGGAGGAAAGUAAUAAAAAAAUAAUAAAAUUUCUAGUUGCUUAGAGUUAAGUCUAAGAAUCUCCAAAUAUUUUGAUUAAGCAAUCUAAAAUAGGGAAUGUGGAGAUUAUAAAAUUGAGCAUGCAAAUAAUUGAAGUUGAGUUGAUUUAUGAUUCAGUUGACAAAAUUUAAUUGGAUUUAACAUAUAGUAGUUAAGUAAAUUGUUUGUUAACUGUCUACACAUUUAUAACAGAGAUUAAGGGAUCUAAAUAAUAAAGGUUUAGAUUUUAAUAAUGCUUUUAAGAUUCGAAAGAACUAUGUAAGAGAGUUCAGUUCAAAAGUUUAAAUGUCCUUAAGGUUUAAAUCAUCAAAUUCCUUCAAGAUAUAUUGAAUUUAUGAUUACGGAUUUGCUAAAAUUUAACAGAAUUAGAGCCACUUCUGAAAUAUCGCACCAUACCCUAAUAUUAGAAAUGGUAAGUAUAUAUUUCAUUUAGGCAGAGAAGUCUUACAUCUAAAAGUUUUCAGAUAAUAUACUUUUAUAAGAUUGAUUGUAAUGAAUAGCAAUUUCGAUGUGAAUUAAUAAAUACUAAAUAACUUAUCAUGUAUAAAAAUCGUAUGUUUGAAAUUCAUGAGUUAUAUGGCGUCAAGAAUACUCCCUUUAAUCCAGAAUGGAAUCCAAAUACUGUAGAAGAUAAAGAAUGUGUCAUAUGUUUUUGUAAUAUUAUUAACACUGUUUUAUUGCCUUGUAAACAUAUGUGUACCUGUUCAAUAUGUGCUGAUCAUAUAUUGAUGAAUUAAAAAGUUAAGUAAUGUCCUCUUUGUAGAAUUGAAAUUGAUAAUUAUUUAACUUUGGAAAUAAAAGAUAAAGAAAAGUAAAAUUUAUAAUUACGAUAAUUUUAAGAAGGUUAAUAAAAAUACCUAGAUGCUGUUAAGGAGAAAAAGAACUAGUAAGCUAUCAAAUAAAGUUCAAUAAUGGAAUAAUUAUAAUCUAAAGUUCAUUAAGAUUAAAUGAGAAAAUUAAAAUUAUUUGAUGAUAUAGAGGAUUUUUAGAGGGAGAAUUAAAAUAAUCAAGAUCAAGAAAAUAAUGAAAUUUGCUAUUCUAAUGAAGAAAUUUAAAGUGAUCAUGGAAAUAAUUAAAUUUAAAAUUCAUUUUCUGGGAAAUUAAAAUAAUUGAGUGAGGAUGAAAACAAUUUAAAAGUUAUGUAAUUUUGUGAGGAUGAUAAGUAGAGAUAUUCAUCAAAAUAAAGAAUUAGCAGCUAUGAUUUAAAAUAGGAGAGAGGAAUUUUAAGUAGUUUUUAACAUUCUUAAGAAAAAUAAAACGAUUAACAAUAAGGAUCUGAUGAGAGUGAAAUUUUAUAAGAGGUUCCUUAAGUUUCAUCUUCAAAACAACAAUAAUCUUAAUAUUCUUUUGAUUAUAUGAAUUACGAUGAAUAAUCUCAUUAUAAUUCUUAAUAAAAAUUAACAAACGCUGAAAUGUAUUAAGCUUCAAAAUAGCAAUAUUAAUUUAUUUAAGGAACUGAUAAAGUACUUCCUACUAUACCUGAAUAUUUUAAAGAAAGUUCCGAUGUUUUUUAAUAAAUAAGUUAUAAUUAAAAAGAUGAAAUUAAUAAUUAAAAUAUUUUAGACUUGUAAUAAAUUAAAAAUUAAUAGAAUUAUUUUGAUGUUUAGUCUCAAAUACAAUCAUAAGAGUUAUAAAUUUCUUUGUAAUAAUAAUAAUAAUAAUAAUAAUAAUAAUAAUCACAUCGGUCAUUAAUGAAAUAAAAAAAUUAACAGAUAUAAUUUUGUUAAUUGCAAUAAAAUAAUCUUUAAUAAGAUGAUGAAAUUUUGAAUUAAUUCGAAAAAAAUGAUAUAAUUAAUUAAAUUAUUUUAGGAAAUGAUUUGAAAUAAAGUUCAGAAGCAUAAAAUAAAUAAGUUUUAGAAGAAUUUGCAGAAGGUUUAUUUGUAGAGAAUAUAUAACCUGAUGAAUCAGAAUUAAAAAAUAAGAUUAAUAUAUAAGAAAAUUAAAUAGAAUUUAUAGAUAAUGUAGAUAACAAGUUAUUUUAGGAAAAUAUUGAUCUAGGAUAAAUUAAGAAUGAUGCAAUUCAUUCAUAAAAAAGUAUACAAAAAAUUGUUGAUGAAAAGAAUGA